AAACGUCAGAAAGUCACGCGAGCUUGCGAUGGGUGUAAAUCAAAAAAGAAGAGGUGUACCGGCGAGCAACCUUGUAUGCCAUGUCUGAAGCUGAGUUCGAAAUGUACAUACGAGGCGCAGUAUAAUAGAGGUACUACGCCGCAGGAGACUCGAGAGACUCCGCCACUACGCAUCGGAAUUGACCGUGAUGUAGCUCAAACUCCAUGCCUACCAGCAUAUGGGCUCUUCUCGGACACGAUUGAUGGAGUCGCGAGACCAGGUUCCGCAAGACAGACACCAGAGAUAGACGAAGCCAUCGAUGGACAGUAUCUUGGACCUUCCAGUGCUCAAUCUUUCUUGGGCAAAGCACUGCGGCGCCUCGAUCGCGAAUCAGUGCAAACUCCUGCCGCGAGGCAGGGAAAACACAUCGAGACUGAGACGUCAACUCUAUCGUUCGGUGAUGCCAAAGUGAAACAACCAGAUAUCGCACAGUUCUCUUGGCCUGAAUAUAGAACUGCCACCAGGCUUCUUGAACGAUUCUUCGAGUUUGCAUCACCCACUUACAGAUACUUUCAUGAGCCCUCCGUAUCGGAGUGGCUAGAACGGAUCUAUAACAAGAGCGAUGUUCCUGUCGUCGCUCAAGCAUGUAUCCUAUUCAUGUUCGCCUCGGCGAGUGUGUUCGCUGUCGACCGCUCAGGCGAUACGGUCGAUGCCAAUUCGCAAGGCUGGGAGUCAAGUGAGAUAUACUACCAAAAGGCGGAAGCUUUGCUGGCAGAAGAAACUGGUCCGCCGCGACUUGAGUCCGUGCAAGCGAGAUUCGCCGCCGUUCAGUACCUGCUGUCAAGUUCGAGACCUACCAGGGCUUUGUACGCGUUCGGCACUACGGUGCAGAUUAUGCAAGCAGUAGGGCUACAUCGAAAGCGAAGUGAAAGAGCUGGAAGACAAGGACUCGACAUGAUCGCAGUGGAAGUUCAAAGACGUCUGUUCUGGUGCGUUUUCACCUUGGACAAGUACUUGAGUAUUGUCAUGGGCCGCAUACCGCUUCUCCGUGUCGAUGACACAAAUCAAGCACUUCCGAUAGUAGUCAACGAUGAGGACCUUGCACCAGAGGGCAUUGAACAGCACGCAUCCGGACCGGGCCGAGAUUCCUUGCUCCUUGCUACCCGCGCCCACGUCGAAAUUGGCCUCAUCCUAGCUAGAGCCUCGCAAGAGCAGAAUCGUCUGCCCGCUAUCACGGGACGCACUCAUGUCGAAGCAGCUGUUCGAGGGACUGAAGAGAUCCGCGACUGGAAGUCUAAGUUGCCACCAAUGAUGUCGGGCGUCAUACAUCCUGAGAGUCUGAUACCCUGUUUCCGCCGCCAGCACUCCAUUCUCACCUUGGCGCGAUUGCAUGCAGUCAUCUUUGUCACACGUCCACUUCUCCUGCGGAAUCUAUCCAACGAGUUGCCAGAAUUGGAACGUCGACAGUAUCGUGAGCAACUUCGUUCUUGCGUUCAAGCUGCGAGAGAGGCUAUCGAAAAUAUCAAUGGCUCAGCACGGUACCAAGUGCUAUAUCCCGCUUUUUGGUUCUCGCAGUAUGUCGCUUUUUCCGCCAUAUCGAUCAUCCAUAUCUACAUUAUUCAGAUGAGCCGCUAUCGCGUUCCUACCAACUUAUUCGGUCCUUCGUUUGAAGAGGCGAGUCUAAUGCAGCUCAAGACUCUAUACGAGCUAGCACUGGUGGGCCAAAGUCGCCUCGCCGAAGCGGGAGUCAACAGUGCACCAGUCUGGCGCUACCGUCCCAUACUCGAGACUUUGUCCGCGCAAACCAGCAGGUGUAUC